AUGGCGGAGGCGCCCAAGACCAACGGGGACGCGCCCAAGGUGGACACAGAGGCAGAGCAGAAGGAGCUGCAUGCGCCAGGGAAAACGGCAGCUCCGGCCAAGGCGAAGAAGGGGAGAGUGGCGCAAUUGGCCGCUGAUGAGCCAGCUGCAAAGCGCAGGAGGUCAAGCGUCGGUAUGGCGCAAGCGAAUGCGAUUCCCCAGCUCCCGGCAUCCUCAGAUCCUCACCGCGCGCUGUUCGUCUUCGGGACCGGAGAUAUGGGACAGUUUGGCCUUGGCCCGGAUGAGCUGGAGGAGAUUGGUCGACCGAAGCUACACAGUUGGUUUGAGGAGCAGAUCGAAGAUGGAAAACUCAGCCGGGAUGGUCAGGCUGGCUCUGGAGGUCUCGAAGCUGUUGCAUGUGGAGGGAUGCACACACUCGCAAUAGAUGAGGCUGGUCAGGUCCGGUCAUGGGGCAUCAACGACAACGCCGCGCUCGGUCGGCAAACAAACAACGUCAAAGACCCCAACAACCCGGAAGCUACUAUCCCGAAUGACGAGCUGGAGAGUUACCCUUACGUCGUGGAGAGUCUACAGAAGGAGCAGUUCAGAGCGGUACAGGUGGAUGCUGGGGAUAGUAUCUCGGUGGCGUUGAGUGAUAAGGGUGCCUUGCGAGCAUGGGGUAGUUUCAGGUCAAAUGACGGUAUUCUCGGCUUUGACGGCAAGCCCAACAGCUCGCCUUUCCAGUACGAGCCCAUGGCGAUCCCAUCCCUCGAAAAACUCAAGUUCGUCUCGGUUUCGUGCGGCGCCGACCACGUCCUCGCUCUUACCACCACCGGCUAUGUCUGGGUCUGGGGCAACGGCCAGCAGAACCAACUCGGUCGCCGAAUCAUCGAACGGCGGAAGAAGAAUGGGCUCGAGCCUGAACGUCUUGGGCUGCGGAACAUCGUCCUUGCCAGCACGGGGACGUACCACUCUUUCGCGGUCGACGUGGAGGGCAAAGUCUACGCUUGGGGCCUCAACACGUUCCAUCAGACCGGAAUCAGUCCGGACCGCGGCGGCAACGAGGAGAUGAUCAUUACGCCUACGCCGGUCGAUUCGCUUCAUCCUAGUCAGCACGACGGGGCGCGCGUCAUCCAGAUUGAGGGCGGGGAACACCACACCAUCUUCCUGUUUGAUAAUGGCGAGGUAUGGGGGUGUGGGCGGGCAGACGCGAACCAGAUCGGCAUAGGGAAGGAUCACCCGGCGCAGAAGGGGCUGGAGGAGAGGAGGGAGGAGAUCAAGACGGAGAAGCAGGACAAGGUGGAUGCUGCGCAAAAGAAGCUGGACGCUGUCAAGGAGGCGCAGAAGGGCGAGGAGGAGGUAGAGGAUGCGGAGAAGGAAUUGCAGGGCGCGCAGGCGAGUCUGGCGGCGGCGAUGGAUGAGUAUGUGCCGGAGCCUGUCCGAAUCUACUUCCCGCCCGUACCAGAAAGCUACGAAAUUGUUCCCGAGUUCCCAUCAUACGAGGAGAUUCAACAGGUCGACAACCCUAUCGCCCACAUCUCGUCGGGCACCCGGCAUAUCCUCGCCGUGUCCAAGUCGGGACACGUCUACUCUUGGGGUCUAGGCAUGGGCGCACAGCUCGGACUUGGGAACCAGGAGAGUGCAGAGGUACCGACGCUGGUACGGUCUAAAUCGUUACGCCCGUACACGGCUCUGUACGCUUCGGCCGGAGGACAGCACUGCGUUCUCCUUGGCAAGAAGGGCGACCCGCAUGCUUAG